GUAUUGGAUUCUGAGUUUUCCAGCAUCGCAGCCCUAGAGACCGUACGAUCAUGACGACCAGCUAUAACGUGAAGCUCUUCUUCGGAGCCGUUCUGGUGGCUUCCUUCACAUUCGCAGCCACUCAAGAUACAUCGACUACACCUAUGGCAACAAUGGCCAUGAACUCGGAUACAACUGCAGCUUCAAUGACUCCCAUGGACACUUCAACGGAGGCGUGUAACGAGGAAGAGAUGCAAAAAAUGAGAGACUGCUGCAAACCGUUCAUGCCACUCCCGCCGGGUGAUGUGAUCGGUAUGGUCCGUAAGGCGAUCGACUCUGAAAACUCAAGGAGCAAUUCCACGGUCUGGACGCUCGACAGCAUCACCGAAGCUUGGAAGAAAGACUGCAUGCCAACUAUCUUCAAAAUUCAAGCGCAUCUGAUAAGAACGGCGGCGACCGAGACAAAUGGAACGAAAACCGAGUGUCGGAUGAAAUUCCGUAGGCAUAUGCUCACGAGGGAGGAAUCCGAAGACAAUCAAAGGAACAAGCAGGAGUUGAUCAUCGACGAGUUCUGCAACGGAACAUCUGCCCUGAGCGCUCUGUACACAAUGACCAUGACGGCGUUGUUGGUAGCCCUUCUACGUUCGAGGUUUUUCUAGGAGCGAUGGCUGAACCUUGUUGAUGAACUCGGAGCCCAUGUCCGGAUCGAUUGAAAUUUCGUUUAUCCCCCGAACGACGGGACUCAACCUCAAGACAUCCAAUCGCCAUGCUCGGAGUCAGCGGGGGGAAAUGUCGCUGAGUUCGAAGAGGACAUCGAGAAAGUUCUUGAAAAAAUUAAGUUCGAAAUUCCACUCCGGUAGAAAUCGGCUGGUCAAAACCGCCGGGGAAAGGCGGAGCCAGACAUUGUAAAAACAUAGAUCGUACCCGUUAGAAAUGACCAUUCCCCCACGGGGGAUGGGCAGAGCAAGACUGGACCAAGAAACCAGAGUACCGUCACGGCGAUUCCGCGUGCAUUAUGUUUGAAUCUAGAAAUCACAGAAAACCUCGGUAGAGUUCCUUAAAGAGAUCAGUAUUUUAGUCGACACGAAGCGGGGAAAGUUCUCACGGAUGGACGACACGAUUCUCUGGAUCUCUAGUCCUACUUUAGAAAUGUCUGCUGGGCACGACCUUUCUUCGAACACUGUGAGCAACGGAUCUGGUUGUACUGAGUCAUGUUGUUAUGU